AUGGCUUCAGAGAAAAAAGGAUUGCGAGAUCGCCCUACAUAUCAAAUGAACUCUUUUCGCCAAGCCUUGGUCGAUUGCGACUUGCAUAGUGUCCCAUACCAAGGAUAUCCUUUCACUUGGGCUAGAACAUACCCGAGUGGGGAUAUGGUGGAGGAAAGGUUGGACAGCCCCCAUCGUGGAGGCAAAGAAAAAAGAAGAUUUCAUUUUGAACAAAUGUGGACACUUGAGAAAGGUUGUGAAGAUAUUAUUCGAGAGGCUAGGGAUUCAACUGACGCUAUGGGAGGUGUGAAGGAGGGAAUUAAGAAUUGUGCAGGGAAACUGGCAAAAUGGAAUAAAUUAACUUUUGGGCAUGUGCAAAAGCAGCUUGCUGCUGCCCAUAAAGAACUGGAGGUUUUACAAGGCGAAUGGGACAAGUUCAAGUGUUACUAA